GAAGCGAUGCAUAAGUGCCUUUCCAUCAACGAAAUCUUCUGCGUCGUCUGCGAACACCUGUCCUCGUCAGGUCCUUCGGCCGAAAGCGGAGCAUUAGUAGCACUUGCCGCUACAUGUCGCGACUUCAAAGAGCCCGCACUGGACGUGCUCUGGGCCGAACUCGAUCAUCUGGGACCUCUGAUAAUGGCGCUUCCGGAAGAUUGGUGGGAGAUGGAAUGGGAUCUUGACGACGAAGGAGAUGAAGAAAGACUACUCAUUAUCCGUCGCCCUUUGGGCAGAAAACAAUGGGAUCGCAUCCGGUACUACUCUGCUCGAGUACAGAGUCUUGAACAUAACGACCGGGUCCAGCACAAGUUUUUCGAGCGGAUUUCAUCGUCGGCCUUUACUUCGCUUAGCUUCCCUCCUCACCCUUCUUCACUGUUUCCUAACUUGGUUCGCCUGCAAUGGAAGGACACUCGUGAAGAGGUAUAUUCGUUUUUGCGCGUUAUGCUCGGUCCUAGCCUGCGGGAGCUCCACAUGGAUCUUCCCCUCAUCGACAAUCCUAGCAGUUCCAAGGUCGCACGGUCAUUUUUACACUCUAUUGGAACUCUGUGUCCAUCUCUCAGAAUUCUCUGUAUCAAUGGGCCACACGACCACCCGGACUAUGAGGAUGCUGUAUCUGACCUUGUCCUUAGUCUUGGCCAGCUAACGGAGCUCCGCUGCGGUUUCCUGAACCUUGUUGCGUUCUCUCAUCUCAACUCCUUGCAAAGUCUGAGCAUUCUCUCCGUCAUCGCGUCUCGAGGGCAGGAUUACAGUGCCCUUCCGGAAUUCUCCGUUUUCAGUGACAUGCUCGAGCUUUCGCUGCGUACGUUUGGUUCCCUCGAAGAUCUCAUGCCUUUACUCCAGCGUUUCCCUCGUCACCCGCCUUUCUCCAUGUUCUGCGCCAGGAGGUGCACCGUUGCCGAGGCGCGACGUUUCUUAGCGUAUCUCGUAAACGUCAGCAACUCUGAACGCUCAGGCAUUACCAUCGACGUGCAGGGCGGUGAUAUGGAUUGGCACGGCCAACACUUAUUCCUGUCGUUUCGCGACAUCCAGCCGCUAUCAAAGUUCAAGAACCUCGAGAUACUCGUCGUUGCUGCUGGUGUACCCAUUUCUCUCGACGACGGCGACGUUAUGGCCAUUGCCUCCUACUGGCCGCGACUGCGGGUUCUGAACUUGUGUGGCCUCACAGGCUGCGGUGGCCUCUCUAGGGUCACGCUCAAAGGGUUGCUUGCGCUUCUCAAAUACUGCCAGUAUCUGCACUUUCUUUGGAUCGCGUUCGACCCGCGGCCUAGAGAAGGCCUUUCCCGUGGCCGUCCGGGGGGAGGCGUGAUCAAUGGGCUUGCGAUGCUCGAUGUCGGAGACUCGCCGAUCGACGACCCGACGGCGGUCGCUAUGGUCUUGUCCGACGUGUGCCCUCGCAUCGAGCGGUUGGGAGGGUGGUCGGAAACGACGUGGGGAUAUGAUGCAGCGCAUGUUGAGGAGCAGCGGGCGAAGUGGAAAGAGGUUGAGAGCUUACUGGCGGCGUAUACUGCUAUUAGGAAGCAAGAACGGUUAUGGGCUCGUAUGGAGGUGAAGGGGAAGCUAGCUAACAAUGUGUAG